CCUGACUACUAGAACCCCUCUAAGCGUUCAUCACCAUGCUCAUUUGGGCCACCCCCACCAAUAUUUUAUUCGGGGCUUGGCGGGGCAGGUGGUCAUGGCGCAACAAGGCUGAGCGGUUGAAGUGUGGCUGAGCUGCAGACAGAGCUCCAGAUCUUCACAUUUACCCACUUCGGUCGUCAUACAAACGACGACGCCACACUCAUAUCACAUCACUGUAAGGGUCCAAAGUCCAACAGCAAUAUCAGGGUCCAACACGGGUCCAGGUCCAACAUCACAAGGGUAUCAGGGUAUCAUCGUACGCUUCAGGUACAGAUAUCCCUCAAAUCCAGCGCUGGUGAUGCAGCAGAAGGUGGAGUCAAUAUCAACAUUUCAUUUCGUCUUCCCCUUCGAUUGGUGAGCGCAGUGGCUGAAGCUAAGAGCUACCCAAGCCAUCACUCACAACACCGAUUUGAGCGCGUAACUCUCACACCACCAAUUUCUGCUGCCAAUUCCCUGUCUGUCAACCUGUCUGCAAGGGGUCCCUCUCAAUGACACACCCAUAACCCCAUCCAACUCCCCCAGCAAACAAGCCUCCUGCGGCCCAAAGCCCACAUCAAGCUUCUCACCCCGACACGACAGACAUGGGCGGCAACGUCUUCACCAACCGACUCACCCCCCGCAUGCCCCCCUCAAUCUACAUCCCCACCCGCGACCGCUGCCACGCCAUCCUCUCCCAGUACUACACGCACAUCAGCACGCCCCUGGAAGCACCCGAAAAGACAUCCUUCGGGGACAUAGACAUCCUAGUCCACGGCCCGCUCACCCCGGGAAUACCUCUCAAAGACCUCGGCGCCGCCCUCAAUGCUGCCGCGAAGAUUCUGCCGCGCACGGAGAAUCCGGAAGCUAAUUUUGCUAUUCCCUGGCCGUCGUCUGUCGAGAGAGAUGAAGCAGCCGAGACCACUGACGCCCUGGAAUUAAGGGAUGGACAGAGUCGCUUCAUUCAAGUUGAUGUCCUCGCCCUCCCUACCCCGACCGCCUUCCACUUCCUCUCUUUCACGCACGCGCACUCGGGGCUUUUCACACUCCUCGGCCCCUCCCUUCGGCAGGCAGGGCUAAUCCUAACACCCACCUCCCUCGCCCUGCGCAUCCCCUCCAUCGAAGCCCACCGACGCCGCGGCUCAACUCUUCCCCUGACUUCCAACCCCUCCGCGAUCCUCGAUUUCCUCGGUCUAGAGAGGGAGAGGUACUGGACGCGAUUUGAGAGCGUGGAGGGCAUGUUCGAGUACGUCGCUAGUAGUCGGCUUUUUACUACGAGGGCGAGGGAGGAGGGAGAGGAGGAGGAAGAGAAGGUGAAACAUCGGAAUAGGAGGAAUUCUAGACGUCCGCUUUUUGUGCGGUGGAAAGAGGAGUUUCUGCCGCGCGUGGGUGGGGAGGGGAAAUAUGACCGCCUUGUCCCCUCGCGCGAGGAGGUGAGGGAGGAGGCUUUCUUGACGUGGCCGCCGGCAAGGGGUUUGUAUGAGGCGCAAGAGAGGGAAUUUGAGGCGGAGAGACAGCUUGAAGAGGUGGGUAAGUUGAUUCGCGAUGGUGUGCCGGUGGAUGUGGUGGCGUUGGGAUUACCCCUUGGGACUAGGGGGGCGGCAGUGAAGGGGUUGAGGAGGAUUGUGGUGGAGGCGGAUGAGACUUAUGGGGUUGUGCUACCGAAAGGGGUGAAGGGGGAUGCGGGGUGGGAUUUGGAAGGGGUGGAGAGGUUUGUGAGGGAGAUGUGGAUGGAGGUGGGGAGGGUGGGGUUGGAGAGGGGGUUUGGGAGGAUGGUGGAGAAGAGACAGGUAAAGGAGGAGGAGGGCGCUGCCUAA